AUGUCCGUCGAGGAUUCCAUCGCCGCGUUCGCUCGCGUCUGUCAGGAAGUGUACCCACUCGAGGACAUGGACGCAAUCUCCCGUUCAACAAAACUCCGCAACGCUCUCGCAAGUAUUCUCGAUGAGCAAAACGUCGAGCCAAGUGUACUCUUGAGUCAGGCCGGCGGAACCAAUAUCUGUCUGGGAUAUUCAUCUACGUCGAGCAUGGCUACUUGGAGAGCGUUCCGCAACUACCCAAUUCACCAAUAUUCCUAUGAUCCUUCGCUUAUUGACGCCAUCUGCGCCUGUUGGGCCACUGCCGGUCUCUUCCAAUCGGUCAUAGUCGGAAACGAAGCGGAAAGGAAUGAAAUAGUCAGUGCUGAAGCCACAUAUCCGAAUCCAGCUGUUCAAGCGAUCCAAGAGGCCAGCCAACUCUACGGACUGGACAGGCACGUUGGGCUGCUUUUGAGUCUAGGAUCGGGAGUGUCUUCACGCCUAGUUCCUGGUGCCAAAGAAAAUCUUCUGCAAAUCGAGACAACCUCGCGCGAGCUCGAACGGCGCCUCGGCACAACAGGCAUCUACAGUCGCCUUAGCGUUGUCCCUAGUCUGGCCGUCGCCACCGAAAUGUCGGAGGAGAUCAUUGGUAUUUUCUGCGCUCACACCUCGGACUAUUUGCAGCAUCCAGUGACGGAUCGACUGCUGGAUCAGAUGGUCAGAACGCGAGACAGGGGCAGUCGCUUCACGCUGAAGGGCAUCUCGGAAACGACGGCUCCACCCAAAGUUUCCAUGGCUGGCCUGCCACCUCUCUCGCCUUAUUUUGUCCAACGAGAGGUGCCAAUGAAUCAUAUGGAUGUGGCUCUUCUUGGUUCUGAGGAAGAAAUGCGACAAAGGGUGUCAAUUAUCACUGGGAUGGGGGGCUCUGGCAAGACUCAGAUCGUGAUCGCAUGGGCAAGACUCCAUGCCGAACGUUUUCAGCACAUCUUAUUUAUUGAUGCAUCGUCAGAAAAGAGCGUUGAGACGGACCUUGUAACCCGGCUCAAGUGCGCCGACCGCUCCUUCCAGGGAUCCGACCUGAACAGCGCUGUCCAGGCUCUUGCCGAGCCAAAUGAGGUUCUCACAGCCUAUUGGUGCCUCAUUCUCGACAACGCGGAUGAUCCAGAUCUCGACAUUGGCUCCUUGCUCCCUGCUUGCGACCAUGGUACGAUUAUCAUCACGAGCCGCAAUGCUCAGCUCGAAUCCAUCUCUCCGAAGGACCACUUCAAGUUGGCGUCCAUGACAAAGGACGAAGCGUGCCACGCGCUUCUGACGUCUGCGCUUGCCCCGACUGGGCGGCCAACUCUGUACCAGCGAGAACUGGCAAUGGCGAUUGUGGAAGAAUUCGAAUACCUGCCGAUUGCCGUUAUCCAGGCGGGAUGCUAUAUUCGCAAACAUCAAUGCCUCGACACAUAUCUCAACCGACUCACGACCAGUCGUCCUAUGCUGUUGAAACUAACGACGGCUCAGCGGGACAAGCUGCGGUACAAGCACAGUGUUUACGCGGCAUUUGACACGACACUCUCCUCUUUGUCGGAGCGGGCUCUGGGCCUCCUUUCAAUACUAUGCUUCUUUCACUACACCGGCUUUCCUCGAUCGGUGAUCAGUCUCGCCGGCUCCAAAGACUUUUUGCACGAGGAAUACAAGCUUAUGGAUAGAGGACCUGACUUUGAAGAAUCCAUCAACCUCCUUAGACAACUCAUGGUCCCAAACGAGAAAUUUGAGGAGCUUGAGCUGGACUUAAUCAUCGAGGAGCUGCAACAAUCAUCGUUAAUCACAAUCGUAUCAAUUUACUCGGAUAACCACCUACGCUUUCAUCCCCUUCUACACGCGUGGGCGUACGAUCGUCAGAGUGACGAGGAAAGGCGACGGAAUAAAGCCGCGGCUCUACGGCUGCUUACCUGUGUGGUGGAUGAUAAUGAUGGCGUAGACAUCGAGAGACAGCUUUUCUCACAUGCCCGUCACUUCAUAGCCGAGAUAAACUCGCUCCAUGUGAACGACAGAGGAGCUCUAGCCGAACUGCUCGAACCAGGUGAUACCUCAGAGAGGUACGUUGCCAUCUGGGAGGGCGUCUAUCAAACUGUUCGUGCUGCGUAUGGCGAUUUGGAUCUUCGGAGUAGCGGGGCGCUUCUCCAUCUUGCGGAGGCGCAAAUUGGCGUUUAUAAUUACAAAAGGAUGGAGCAACUAUCUCGCACAGUUUUAGACACGCGGCUAUCUCUAGGAGAACCUAGAACCGCUUUUACUGCCCGCGCUAUGUGCUCCGUAGCACAAAGCCUCGACCUACAAGACACACGACUCGAGGAAAUUGUGGAUCUAUUCCGAACGGCCUACGAAAUUCGGCGGGAAGUUUUGGGAUCUACUCAUAUUGAUACCCAGCGGUCUAUGCUGUGUUUAGCAGAGAAUCUGAUCAAAGGACGACGAGGAUACGAUGAAGCAUGCAUCAUAUUGGAAAAAAUUAUGGAUAUACGGACGAAAUUGUAUGGAUCUCUCCAUGCAUGGACCCUCGAGACGACCAAAGCUUUACUUGACUGCUACGCCGAUAUGGACGAGAAGAAGGAACAACUGAAUAAUCUGCUAGAAACUUGCUCCAAAAUCGACACCAAUACGCGAGUGGGGGACACCUCAAUCCUUGCUUUUCAAGCUCAUGUAUACGAGCUGCAAGGGAAGUACCAACAAGCAGAACGUGCCUACUGGGAGCUCCUUGAAGCAGGAAGUCAACUAUACGGCCACCUCUCAGCUCGUAAUCUCGCUACAGUCUUGAAGCUCGCCUACCUCCUCCGGAAAUUAGACAAGAAAGCGGAACUCGAAUCACUGCUGAGGCAGUAUGCCAAGAUUGGAGAGGGCCUGAAAGGGUCAGGGCAGUAUGAGUUGGUGUUUAUAAUGAGGAUGCUUGGCUCAUGCCUUAUUUCUCAACGGAGAUACGACGAAGCACGAGCCAUUCUCUCAGCGGCUCUCGAAAAAGUCAUUGAACGGUUCGGAAGGCUUCAUUCCUUCACCACCGACACGCGCGAAAGACUAGCAUAUUGCUACUAUCAUCAAGGAGACUAUUCCCACGCAGAGUCCCUCUUUCGUGAGAACGUCAGCAACUCAAAGGAAGCCUUGGGCAGAGAGGAUGCUAGCCAAAUUUCCUCCCUCCUCUGUGUUGCACGAUGUGUGUAUGAACAAAAGCGGUAUGAGGAGUCUGAGGAGCUCUGGCAUGAUGUCUAUCUCCGGCGAAAGGCAACUCUGGGACCAAAUCACCCUGCGGUAUGCACAGAUCUUUGUUGGGUAGUUCAGUGUCUGCAAAUGAGGGGGCUCUAUCAUCUUGCUGUGCCUCCCAUCGCUGAGGUGAUGGAAAUCCACCGCACUAUGGAUGGUGGAGACAAGGGAGAGAUAGUAACGGCGCAUCGGAGAGUCGCAGAGGUACUGGCACGGCAGGAGAUGUUAGAUGAGGCGGAGGAGGCCUUUCGUACUCAUAUAAAACUUGCCAAAGAGCUGCACAGAGGCGCCGGGCGAGAGUAUGCGCUAGAGUUGGGUAACUUGGCCAAAUUUUUGUUCGAUCGAGGCCGAUAUGAGGAAUCAAAAAUCAUUAGGGAGGACCAACUGCGGCUUUGGAAAGAGCUACAAAACAAGGAAGAACAAGAAUUCAUUGCUCAGAAGCUGCAGCAAAUCGAGGUGGCCCUUCAAUCCCACCUCUCUGUCAAUGCAUAG